UUGGCGAGCCUGGCGGCUAGUAUGCCGAACUGAACUUGCACGCGUAGAAAUGGUAGUCGGUGCUUUUCCAAUAGCCAAACUCGGCUCUUUACUGUUGCGACAAAUAAGUAAACCAAUAGCAAAUGCUGUCAAAGAGCGCGCGAAGGCUAGCCCUUUUUUUCGCACUUACAUAUGUAUGCCACCAGCACAGUUCUACAAUUGGUGCGAGGUGAAAGCAAAGAUGUGGAUAAUGAACCUGGGUAAACCUGUGAACAUUCCAAGCCUGAAUGAAGCAAUGGCCAUAGAGCUAGGUGCCAACCUGGUGGGAGAAGGAAUUAUAUUUGGAGUUGCUGCUGGAGUACUGUACAUAGAGUAUAAUAGACAGACGAGGAAGGAAACUGCAAAGGAACAGGCUCGUAAAGAGGAGCUUGAUACACUUCACUAUACAAUACAGGAACUCUACUUUACUACAGAGCGUCAGGAUGCACAGAUACGUGAACUGACACGCAUGAUUGUGGACUUGGAAUGUGAAGUAAGCCACAAAUCUUGGCUUGGACGGAUUAAGCAUCCAAAGCAUGCACAUCACCCUGCUCCGGAUACUGAGAUGCAUAUAGUACCUGACCGACAUCAUCAUAGUAAUGAGACCAACCAUGCAAGUUCAGGAAAAAUGGCAGAGAAAGACAAUGAAAGUGAAACCAGUUUUGUUAUGCGUGCACUUGAAAUGCUUCGUGCUGAUAUGGAAGGUCGUCGAUAGUGUAUAAAUCUUUUAUGUUAAACAUGCCAUGAAUGGCAGAUGUAGCAAAUAUGUAAAAAGAGAAGACUGUCUUUUGACAACUGUUGCAUCAUUCAUAUGAAAUUAUUUAAGAAGUAAAUGGGAUGCUGCUGUAUUUGGCCAGUUGUUACAUAAAUAACAAUUUUCUGUAUAGUGAGAAUUAAGAGAAGCAAUGUUGUGUUUGCUGCACAUUCACAGUGCAAUAUAUUGUAGUAAUCUGCCGUACGGUGCCUUCUUUAAGUUGACAUUUUAUGUAAUAGGCAAACAAGUGUGGGAAUAAGUCUUCUUAGACAUUUACACUAAAACAUAAACAAGCUUCAAUUAAUAUUUGAUGUCCCACAUACCUGAUUUAUUCAUUCUUUUGGGGGUACUGUAAUAUUCCACUCAUAGCUGGCAAUGAGGGAUCAAAUUAGUUUUGCAUGUUUAUAUUGAUUAGGAGGGAGUUUUGAUCUAAAUUGGUGUGUGGCUUGUUACCUAUGUGAUAAGGAAGGUCCGGUGGGAAUGGAUACCAUAUGUAGUUCUUGUGCAGUGAGAGAGGAAAAAAAAAAUUAAAAAUCAUUGUGGUUAAAAGACUGUUAUGCACCAA